AUGGCCGCGCUCGCGAUGGGCGGCUCCACGAAGACGAAAGCGUUCCUCGCCGAGGCGGCGUCGUCCGCGUUCAUGUCGUUCUUCAUGAACACGCUCGGCGUGGAGGCGGCGGCGACGCGACGAUUCCUCCCGGCCGCGAUGACCGCGGGCGUGGACGCGCAGACGCUCACGCUGACGCUGCUGUUCCUUCACCUGUGCUUCUUCUUCUCGCCCUUCUACGUCAAGAAGAGCGCCGGCGCGGUGAACAACCCGACGGUGUACGUCCUCUUCUGGCUCAUCGGCGACGUCGCGUUCGGCGCGAUGGCGAUCGGCGUCGCCGCGACCGUCGUCGGGCAGACCGCCGGUCUCUUCGCGUACGCGAGCGCGAUGCGCGCGUUUCCCUUGCCGGGGCACGCGGCGAUCACGCGCGGGGUAACGGCCGCGGGUGGUGCGUUUAACGGCGCGCUGUCCGAGGGCGUCGUCGCGUUCGCGAACUUUCUCUUCGCCGCGGUGGCGCUGCCGCUCGCGCCGACGGCGCUCGCGCCGGCGCUCGGCGCUGCGUUUUACUGCGCGUGUCUCGUGUACGAGCGUUGCGCGUACAGCUGCGGGUUUAUGAACCCCGCGGUGGUGUUCGCCACGCACGCCGUCGCCGGCGACGUCCUCUCGCGCGAAUCGCUUCGGCAGUGCGCCAUAUACGUAUGUCACACUGGUUCCCAUACGACCGCGUUGGCGUGGUGA